AUGAAAAGGACCUCAAAUCCGGGUCACCCAAAUGCCAAACAGGCAGAGAUACCCAAGGCCCGGAAGGUUUGUAAUUCCUCAGAUGAGGAUGAAUGUCACGAGGCAUUUCAUCUCAACCCUAACCAAGCAAAAGCAGACAUCACAGUUACCAUUAAAGGUACCCCAGUUCAAGUUAUUGAUUCUGGUGCAACAGCGAACACCAUUGACUAUGCAACAUAUCAGGCGAUCAGUGCUGCAAAAACAGUGCCCUUAAAACCAACCAAUGUGAAACUUCACCCUUAUGGAGAAGACAACCCUGACCCGAUUCCCCUCGCUGGAUCGUUUUUCGGAAUGAUCAAUACUCCGUCAGGGCAGAUGGAUCUGACCAGGUUCCUGGUACUCAAAGCACGAAAUGCUAGCUGUCUCCUGUCGUGA